AUGUCGGCGCAAAGAGGAAACGAAGAGCAGGAGGAGAAAGAAACAAACACAGAGCCAGGCGGAGACACCGCGGAGGAGGACGGCGGGGUGCCGGGAGGAGAGGAGGUGAGGUCCGGCAGCUCGGCUUCAGUGAAGGUGGUGCUGGUGCCGGAGGGCCAUGUGAUGACCGUGGCGUUUGCUAUCGAGCUCAGCAUUCACGAGCUGAAGCGUCACCUCGCCUCAGAGCUCAGAGUCCCCGCGGACGUGCUUCAGAUCUCUCUGGACGGCAGAGCGGUGGAGGAACACAAGAGUCUGAUGGAGCUCGGCGUCAGGCCUCACAGCUCCACCCGGAUGGAAAUGAGCUCCACUGACCCAAGCUUCCACCCACUCCGCCCUCUUCGCCCCCUAGAGCACGACAGCAUGCCCGAUGUUAUCACCGUCCAAGUUGAAGCAGAUGGGGGGGUGCUUCAGGAGGUGGUGGUGGAGAUUGAGCGCCCACGCCAUCAGAAAGCCUUCCUCGGUGGCUACAGGCAUCGGCUGAUGGGGGUGGAGUACCAUCACGCCGCAGUCCAGACGCUGCCCAAGAGGAGACCUGACAGAGGAGUGGCGGUCUUCAGCCGCGACACACAAACAGUAGAGCUGAAGUCUCAGGCUCAGCAGUGUCCAAUCAAUGCCUCCACCCAGAUGACUGGCAUCGGCUGCUACGUCUCCUGCAUGAACGACAGUUUGGUGACUCCAGGGAAAUACACCACUGCUGAUGAGUACCACGACCGGAGGCUGAGAGCUGUGAUCCGUCUGCAGACGUUUGCUCGGCGCUGGUUGGCCCAGCAGGCGGUGGACCACCUGAGGAAGGAGCGAGCCCGGCGGUUGGCCUGGCUGGAGAUGCAGGAAAGGAGGAGGAACGAGGAGAAAGAGGAGCAGCUGAGAGACCGCCGAAACCGCUGGCUGAAUCCGAAGAGGCAGGAGGACUUCAAUCUGCUGUACCAAGCUCUGGAGAAGUGGAGGAACGAGGAGGAGCAGAGGAUCAGCUCGUCCCUGCGAGGAGCUGAGAGGAAAGCAGCUCUCUGUGCCCUGCUGGACCAGGAGAUGGAUCUCAUUGCUGCCAUCGGACGCCAUCACAUCGCCGUUCACAGCGACAACUACGACAAAGCUGUCAGGAACUUCCUGGACAAGUCUGCGUCUCCUCAUCAAAGGCGAGCAGCGGACGGUCGUCUGAUUGAGAUUGAAACUCAGAACACCAUCAGAGCCCGAGAGCUGCGAGAUCUGUACGACAGCAUCAGCCUGACCACCGUCAGCCAGGAGCAGAGGCUCCACUUCCUCAUGACACUGAAACACACUGUCAAGGAGCAGGAGUGUGAGCUGACCCGGGACAUCAUGGAUUUGGUUGACAGGGAGGUAGACCUAAUGACUCGAGGGGUUAAAUCAGCCAAGUUGGAGGGCCUGAGGAAGAGGAUCUGUACUCUGUUACUUCAGUACAUCAAAACUCCAGCUUUCAACCCUGAGGUGGCCAAGCUGCUGAAGGUUCCCCAGAAUCCUUCCCAGCUGAAGAAUGACAUGAUACUAUGCCAAUACUGUCAUCGUUACCUGCGCCUCACGGACUUCAUUAUGUCGGCCAGCGGCAGUCUGAACCGCCAGUGCCGCCAGUGCGCCAGACUCAACAACAUAGCCAGAUCUCGCGAUGACUUCACCUUUUACAAAAGCAUCCUGAUGAGGCUGAGAGCCGACGAGCAGAGGCUUAACGCAGAAGCUAAGAUCCCCUUCCUGCUGAAGGUGCAGGACAUGCAGUACUUGGUGGAAGCAGUGUGGGCGUCCCGGUCGGCCCUCAGCGCCAGCAUCGACCUCUACAACCUGGUGUUUGUUCGGUGGGAUCGUCACAAGGACUGGAGCCCCUGGAACUGCAUUCUGCUGUCCAAAGAAGAGACCUCAGCUCACUUAGAGGUGGAGGACAUCCACACGACAUACGACACGACGUUAAUCCACGAGAUCGAACGCAAACACGCACAAGCUCGACGCCACUUCAGCCAGGUUCCCGUUAUGUCCGAGCACCUGGAUACUCACCCUGCUGCUGUCCUUGGCAACCAACUUGUCUCCAAGCCCAUUACCAUGGCGAUAGUCAAGCAUACCAAAGACAUCACUCAGACCUCAGAUCAUUAA